AUGAUGCCUGACUGAGUUUGUUAUACCACUGAGGUAAACACAUUAUAGCGUAUAAUAUUAAUUAGAGUGAACUAAGCUGGAAUUACUUCAUGAAAUGUCAUGGAUAAUUUUACUAAUGUUACUUUAUUAACUCUUGAAGGCUAUGUAGAGCUGGAAAAGUACAGAUAUGUCUAUUUUGUAAUUUCUCUUGCAGUGUAUUUGUUGAUUAUUUGUUGUAAUUCUGUUAUAGUUUCAAUAAUAUACUCAAACAAAUGUCUGCAUGAGCCGAUGUACAUAUUCAUCGCUGCUUUACUCUGUAAUGCUCUUUGUGGAACGUCUGGUUUUUAUCCUAAACUACUUAUUGAUUUACUGUCUGAAAGACCAGCUAUUUCAUAUGAAGGCUGUAUUUUUCAGGCCUUCUGGCUUUACACUUACGCUGCUGCAGAGUUUACACUGUUAUCAGCUAUGGCCUAUGACAGAUACGUGUCCAUAUGUAAACCUUUACAAUACGCCACUCUUGUAAAAAUGUCUACAGUUAGAAAACUCUUAUUUAUCUGCUGGUUUUGGCCUUCCUGUCAAAAUAGCAUAACAGUAAUUUUAAUACACAGACUUCAGCUGUGUAAAUAUAGAAUGAUGAGAAUUUACUGUAGUAAUUAUGCAAUUGUUAAAUUAAGCUGUGGAGAUAUAACUGCAAAUAAUUUUUUCGGGCUGUUUAGUCUAACUGUUAUGGUGUUCCCACCAGUUAUCUUUGUAAUCUACUCCUAUAUUAGAAUACUUGACGUCUGUUUAAAGAAUUCGAAGGAUUUUAGAAGGAAAGCUCUACAGACCUGCUUCCCUCAUCUUCUACUGUUUAUCAGUUUCAGUGUAACCGCCUGUUUUGAGGUGAUUAACAGCAGAUUUGAAAGAAAUGUUCCUCAUUUAUUUGCUAUGAUCAUGUCUGUGGAAUUUAUUGUUAUUCCUCCUCUGCUUAAUCCUGUUGUUUAUGGACUGAAAAUGCAGGAGAUUUUUAAUAGAAUUAAGAAGAUGCUUCAGACACGGAAGACGCAUGUUUUUAAAGAGUAAAAUCUUUGCUUUUUGACUUUUUGUGUAAGGGUCACACAUAAAAGUACACAGUUAAAUAGUUAAGUAAUGUCUCAACUGCUUUUUAGUCCAUUAAUUGACACUAGUCAAGAGACUAUUAAACAUUACUACAUUUUAAUGCUUAAGAGAGUUAAAAAGUUAUAAACAGCAGAAAGAAUCAAUAUGUCUUAACUAGUGCAAAUUAAUAAUUAAAUAGUUAAAAUAUUCUGUUGUAAUUAAUGUCAUUUACCUGUAUUUUUUGUUUUUUUAUUUAAUAGAUUUAUUAGAGCUUGCUAGAACUAAAUAUUUAUUUAUUUAGGAAACUGUGUACAAACAAAAGCAGUCAAGCAGUGUAUUUGCACUUUCAGUCUUAACUGUUUACUCACCUCUAUUUUAAAUAUAUUAAAUUCCUGUACUGUGUCAUUUUAGUGUAUAGUUUUACUGUAUGUAUUAUAACGUAUUAUUUUAGAUUUUAUGUUUAAUGUAUUGUAUUAUUUUAAUAUAUUGUACUUUUAACUUAACUCUGUUUUAAAUAUAUUACAUUUCUGUA